AAAUACCAACUCCUUCAUCAAUAAACAUGUAUUGAUUUAUGACCUAACAAACCAGAGCAUCUCUCUAGAGACUUUAUUUCUCUAGCUUGAUCACUGCCUUGAGCGUCGGAGAUGCGAUCCCAAAACUACCUCCAGGGCAGUCUAACCUUACCUUUCGCAGGAUUCCGGUGUACGGAUAAAUUGCCUCAAGACAGCGACGUCUGACCCAGUACCUAAUCAGUAUAAAAAAUGCACUCAUUUUCUUAUCAAAUUGGGGUCUACUAAAUUAUUAUUUUUUUAAAGAGGGGUGUCCACUAAUUUAUUCGUUUACGAGUGUCAUAACUAGAAGAGUAAAUAAUAAAGACCAAAUAGGAAUAAAAAAAGAAGAAAAUUUACAGACAAAAUAUAAUAAAAUUAUAAAAAUAAAAUAAAAUAAAAUAAAGGUAUCUCAAGCGCAAGAAUUUAAGAGAGAUCUCCAUGAAAAGAAAGGUAUUUUGUUUUCAUUGUUAAUCCUCCAGACUGAACAGCCCACAUUAAACAAAUAGUAGUCCUUAGAAUAGGCUUCAUAUUUUUGCUACUAUAGACUAUGACAACUCUUGUUUCAGAAUCUGAAGCAUGAUCCAGUUUUGGUUGGGGGUUUAAUAUGUAUGGAGUUUUUGUAAUGCAUAGAUUAGUUUGAAUAUGAUUCAUGUGUUUUUCUGAUAAAAGGGUGAUACGUCAUAGCCUCAAAUGUAAUUGUAAGAUAUAAAUUUGUUGUUUAAUUGAGCCUAGCUAAGGCGGCACUUGUAAUACUAUUGCAGAUCAAUUAUAUAUGUAUUAUUAUUUUGGUCAAAGCCGAAGAAAACUACUACAAGUUGGCAAGAAAUAAAAGUUAUUACUGUUUAUUUUGGUCAACGUUGUUGAAGAUCUAAGAAGAGUUGCUGGAAUAGUGAAUGGAGCCUGGAGGCCCAAGGAUGAAUAGAUCAAGAUAGUUGAAUUAAUUAGUCGUUGGAAGGAGGAUGAAUAAAUACAUCAGUAGUCGUAUUGCUGGGUUUGCUUAGCUUCUUUGGUUCGCGCUUUCUGCUCAUCUGAUAGAUACAGAGUAAUUGUAUUGCUGGGCUUGCUUAGCUGAUUGAUUAGCUUGUUUAAGAUUGAUAUUGUCUAUUAAUCCUAAGAAUUAACUAGAGAUAGCGAGAUGGAUAAGUAGAUGUUGUAGGAAUCAUCGAUCAUGUCAGGUUAUGAUGGAGGUGGAGGAGGACGAGGACUUGUGGGUUCGGGAUCUCAUACAUCUUAUUUGCAUCAGCUACUUCAGAACAAUCCUUCUGAAUCACAGACAACUUCUUCAUCUGCAGACAUGGAUAAAUCAGAUCCUGCAACUGCAGCAGCUACCAGUUCUGGAGGACCGAUAAGACGGCCUCGAGGAAGACCAUCUGGAUCCAAAAACAAACCCAAACCACCCAUCGUUGUGACUCGAGACACCCCUAAUGCGCUGAGAUCUCACAUGCUGGAGGUGUCUUCAGGUGCUGAUAUCAUGGAGUCUCUUUCAUCCUACGCGCGGCAGAGGGGCAGGGGAGUCAGCAUCAUCAGUGGAAAUGGCACGGUUAUGGAUGUCACCCUACGCCAGCCUGCGGACAGUAGUAGCGUGGCCACACUGCAAGGGAGGUUCGAGAUACUGUCGAUUACAGGGACUGUACUCCCCCCUCCUGCACCACCUGGGGCUGGUGGUUUGUCCAUAUUCCUCUCAGGAGGCCAGGGGCAGGUGGUAGGUGGCGGCGUGGUUGGUCCGUUACUUGCUUCUGGGCCAGUCUUGCUGAUGGCAGCCUCUUUCUCUAAUGCGGUUUUCGAAAGGCUGCCGCUUGAUCAUCAUCAAGAUGAUAUGCAGCAGGUUCCUCCUCAUCAUUCUGCAGGAGUAGCAGUAGGAGGAGGAGAAGGCAGGGGUACAUUGGGUGGCGGCGGAGGUGGUGGUUACCCGUUUCUUGCAGCUGAAGGUGGUGGUGAUCAUCAUGAUCUGAUGGGAUGGGGUGCAGCUGCCCCUCGUCCACCAUUUUAAUUACUGUACUAUGUUGGUUUAAUUUAAUUUAUUGAUUGAUUGAACUCCUUAGUUAGGCCCGUCAAAAAAAAAAAAACAAAAAAUUUCUGUAGUUAGGAUUUCACAAAUAGAUCGAUGUGGUGACACAAACUGCCUUCAGAAGCGGAUUUUCCUGCUCAAACUGCUGUUGUCAUUUAUAUUUGUUUUAUUAUUUGCUCUUUUUAUUUUAUUUUAAUGUGUUGAAGCUAUGAUGUAUAGGGCACACCACAUGUGAGUGUCCCACAUUGAUUAAAUAAGAGAGAUGGGUUCACUUAAUAAUCAAAGGGGUUACUCCCCUUAUUGCCAUAUGGUUUUAAGGUGGAACCUCCUUUGUGUUGUGAAGUGGACUCUCUCUCCUUGUGAUGGGUGCGGCCCAGGCCCAUAUUUAACAUGGUAUUAGAGUCCGGGUUGUGGGUCUCUUCUAAACUGGGCUAAAGAGGAGAGAAUAAACGACUUUAUAAUAUGUGAAAGUAUUGGGUCAGACCGUCUGACCCAAUAGCUUCCGUCGGACGGGCCUGGCCAACAAAAACGCGCGGGCUUUCCUUUUUUUUUCAUAUUUGUUUUGUUGAUCAGCAGUUUUGUUUAUUUUUAGAAAAAACAUAUAACGGUUAUUAGGUCAUUAUCUUUUUUCGAUUUUGAAACUGUUUUUUGGAUUUCUGCUUGAUUCUCGCUAGUUUUAAAACUGAUUCUUCUUCAUUUCAAAGAAACCGAUAUAUUAUUUACUGAUUAUUUCUAGAAUUUUUCUGCUCCUCUGCUUCUCUGCUUCUCUGCUGUUGAAACUUAGCGUGUUUUUUUGUUCAUAAUCCAUUACAUUUGCAUCGCAAAUAUGGUGAAGAGGAUUAGAAAUGAUGAUUCUAGGUAUAAUUUCGUUUGUUUUUGCUGUAAUUUUUUUUUGUUUUCAAAAUUUGAGCGUUUUUGUUGUUGUAAUUGUAAUGUAGCCCGAAGUCGAAGAAGGUGAAGAGUCUUGGAUCUUCAGGAAAAAUUUUGGCAGUGUCUACUGCUGGGAAGAAGAAAGAGAAAGAUGGUGAUUAUGAUCCAAGAUGUGAUAAAUCCUUGUCUAAGAAGAAAGGCAAAUCUGAUUUAUCACCAAUCAAGUUUUCAUUUUCAAGAUCUAAUCCCGAUCAACAGAAAGACACAUUUGAUAGAUCGAAUUUCACUGAGCAAGAAAUAAAGUCAAUUAAUCUACAAGUAUUGUCAGACUAUUCCCAUUUAAAUGAAGUGGUUAGUAAUUUGAGUGAUGAGCAAAAAAGAGACAUUAGGGAUAUUGGGUUUGGGAGUCUCUUAGAUAUUAGGAUAAAGAAGUUUUGUCCUAAUCUGAAUUUGGAGGUGUUGUUAAAUUACAAUGCAUCUGGAAUGAUGUUUUCAACAAAGAAUGGUAAACUGAUU